AUGAAAAUCAUCAUCGUGGGAGCCGGCAUCAGCGGCUGCACAACCUAUCUUUCACUCCAAAAGCAUCUUCCCCAGCCACCCUCACCUGCAGAAAAGCAUACCUACACCAUUUAUGAGGCAUACGAUACAGCCCGGGACACCACAUUCCGUGAAAGACCUGCCUCUGUCACUGGUGAAGGAAGCACGCGAUCCGCAACUCUAGUCGUAGGCGGUGGCCUAGGUCUCGGGCCCAAUGGCCUGAACGUACUGCGCCGGCUGGACGAAUCCUUGCUACAGGAUGUUGUACGCGGUGGCUAUCCGUACUCAGCGUUCCAUAUCAAGAGCGCCUACGGAUGGACUUUGAUGCAGGUGCAGGCCUCGGCAGAGGUAGAUGGGCACGCGAUGAACUCGGUAGCCAUGAGUCGACACUCGAUCUGGCAAUGUCUGCGGGAUCGUAUCCCGGAUGGUGUGAUUGUCAAUAAGAAGAUUGCCAAAGUUAUUCCGAACGGAAGUCACACGGGCAAACAUCUUAUCACCUUCGUCGAUGGAAGUGAGCCCGCGGAGGCGGAUCUGGUGAUAGGUGCCGACGGACUGAAAUCAACGGUGAAGAGGGCUCUCUUUGAUGUUGAAAACGCCGAAGAUGACCCAUACCCUCCAAAAUACGAAGGUCUCGUGGGAGUGGGUGGCUUCACUCCCGUUACGGAGACUCUGCGCCGCAAGAUUCCAAAUGGCACCAUGACAAUCACAUUUGGUGGAUCCGGCAUGUUCGGCUACGUCUACUCAUCCAGCUCACAGACAGACAAGCACCGGGACUCAGCGAACCAUAUAUCCUCACCUGGCGACACGCUUACAUGGUGGUCCACAUACGGGAUGCAAGAAUGCCCCGACCCCAAAACUGUUGAUCGAGCUGCCAUCACAGAGGACCUACGGCAACGGCAUGCGAGCUGGAGUGAUCCAGUCAUACAGGAAAUCAUCCAAUCAGUCAACGUAGAGACGAUGUGGCCGACGUGGACGACACCCGAGUUGCCAAUCUGGGACCGGAAUGGCAUUGUGCUACUGGGCGAUGCAGCACAUGCACUUCCACCGACGUCGGGGCAAGGCUCAGCGCAGGCGCUGGAGGAUUCAGAAUCAUUUCCGAUGAUUUUGGCACAUUACCUGAAACGGGUAUAUAGGCAUAAUGAUGGCCCUGUGUCCUCUGAUGCAGAGUUCACGGAAAAAGAUGCUAUUUUGCUUGCUGCAAAGAAACAUACAGCUCUGCGAUAUCCGCGGGUCAAAAUGCUUCUUGACGAGGCUCAGAAGCGCCAGCGGAAAAAGCAGCAGAAGGGCCUUGUGGAAGAAUUCAUGAUGUAUUUGAUACUGUGGUUAGUUGGUCUUUUCACUCCAGCAAACUCCGCGAAGGAUGUACUCGAAUACAACAUUGCAGAUGAAGUGCAAAAGGUGCUCGCCGAGGAGAAUUAA